UUUAAUUGCCACCACAACCACCCCAACGGGCCUCCAUUUAAAUCUCCAAAAAACAGCCUCCUUCCAUGAUGCUGACGUUUACGGCCCAGAUUAAAAGCGCACAACACCCAACUCCCCUUCCUUCAAUAAAUUAAAGGCUAAAUAGAGUCAGAGUCUGUCCAAACCCUCCAUAGAUUUUCGUUUUCCCUUAUUUAUAUCAUACCUUCUAAAUUUCAUAUCAAGCUUGCUAGUUGAAGAAGAUGAUGAGGAAGAUGUUGGUGGUGGCGUUGCUUUUGAUCGUUGGUUCGGUGAGUGAGGCGAGUGCGGCCGCGACUGUGGCGCAGAAGUGUAGCAACCAGUUUCAGAAGGUGGCGGUGUGCCUGAGCUAUGCGACGGGGAAAGCGGAGACGCCGACGAAGGACUGCUGCGAGUCGGUAAAGGGGAUAAGGGAGAGCGAGCCGGAGUGCUUGUGCUACGUCAUACAGCAGGUCAACAGCGGCAGCGACGAGAUCAAGAAGAUGGGGAUCCAGGUGGCCAAGUUGCUUCAGCUCCCCACUGCAUGCAGCUUGAAAAACGCCAGCGCCACCGACUGUCCUAAGCUUCUAGGCAUACCUGCUGGCUCACCAGAGGCUGCUAUCUUCAAUAAUAAUGCUUCAUCGACAGCAACUCCUUCUGCACCUGCCGGAAAAUCAGCACCGGAGAAGGCCAGCGACUCUAAUGGAAUUACCAAGCUCGGACCCCACCAUGCCGGUCUGAUGGCAACGGCUGUGGCCGUCCUUUUCUUUACAUUCCCUGUUGUUGGAUCAAUCUCUAAUCUCUUUGUUUAAGCAUAUGAGAGUGUGUGUGUGUGAAGGUCCUCUGCUGAGGGGUAGUAGUAGAGUAUUCCAAGUCCUUUAAUUCUUGGUUGUUUUUGCGCAAUCUUAGGACUCUUUUUAACAUUUGAUUGCCUUUGAGGCAAUGUGUUGUUUCCUUGACUUGGUCUCUGUGUUUCGUGUUUCAUCUUGGUCAGCUUCAUGCCAAGCGUUUCAUGUCCCAAUUUUAGCUUCAUAA